ACACAUCAAUGGCAUUAGACCAACUCAGAAAAAUGUGUCAAACAGUAUUCCAUAAGGACCGCUCAUGGCCCUGUUGUUUUCAAUAUGUGGACAACAUGAAAUGAAAACAACAAAAUCAUACCAGGUUUACCAGACUUCCCAAGAUAGAUGGUCACAUAUGCUUUCAGGAGAUCUCCAUAGAAAUGGUUUUGAUGACUUGACACCUUCUGAAGAGCUCUUCUGGGACGAAAUUGCCAUUUAGCCCCAGAAGAGCUUUUCUGGGACUAAAUUGCCAUUUAUAAGUGACAAGAAUGAGAUGUAGUGUUCAGUCACAUUAGAAAACCAAUCAUCCCACACAGAGGAAGCUUUGGAUAUAGGGACAUCAAACUGGUCUUAAGUGUAAUGAAAAGUCUCUUCUGCCACAAAUAUCAGUGUAGUGAUAUCUGAUAGUAAGAAAAUAUAAAUCAGCAUAACCAUGGGAUGCAGCAAGAGGAAUAUUGAACCAGGAAAGAAAGCAUUUUAAUUCAUUAAAAAAAUGAAUUACUCAUUCAGUCUCUAGUGGAUACAGAAAAAGCUGCAGAAGAGUCAGAGGAUUUCAUGGCAGUGUAAUAGGAUGAUAUGUUAAACUUGUGGAAAAGCCUUUAAUUCUGUUUUAACAUAUGAGAAGGAGGGAUGACUGACUUCAUGAUUAGCAUUAAGAAAAUAUCACAUGUUGGGAAACUUUCUGCCUUGAUGAUUUUAUACACACAAGAGAUGAAAAAAUGAGGCACAUGCUUAGAUAUGUUGGGAAUGAGAUGGGACUGUGGCAUCGUCACAAGGGUACACAAAUACUGAGAGUGAAUGAUAGAGGAACGGUUCCCCAUUGGUUGUGAGCUCAGGUGAGACCAGGAGGCCUGUGUUUUAGCAAACCCUGGGCAGUUGGAAUGAAGAUUCCAUGACACGCCCAGCUUACAAUUCUAUUAUUGCAACAGCAGACCGUUACCUGGGAAACCGGCCCUGUCUCCCACACUCUUGUCAGAGUCUGAGCUAGAGGCAGCACCUUCUGCUCUGAGCUCAAGCAUUUCCUACAUUGUUUUGGCAGUUAAGGACCCUAAAAUUCUGUGAGGAGGGAUCGUUUUUCUAAACAUUCCUGGCUGUGCCUUUGGUACCCCAAAUGUCACCAUGGCGGCACCUGGCAGGGCGUGUUCCAGGCAAACCACAGAGGUGAACUUUCCUGAUAUAGUCGAGAAUUCCUACACCCAGCAGGAAGAGACCAAACCGAGUUUCAGAGACAGCAAAAAUAGACUUCUUCUGAGCCAGGUGGCCUACUUCCAGAACUACCAGCUGAAGACAGACAAAGAUCGAAAAGAUGACGAUGAAGAACAGAAAUAUAGAGACAGCAAAAAUAAACAUUUUUUGAGUCAAGUGGCCUACUAUCUGGGCUGCCGGCUAAAGACAGAAGUUUCUGGCUUUCUGUGUUGUGCCCCAAAAGUCAACAUGGUGACAUCUGGCAGACGUCCUUCCAGAAAAAUCCCAGAGGAGAACAUUACAGAAGGCAUUGAGAAAUCCUGCUCACAACAGGAAGAAAACAAACCGAAUUUCGGAGCCAGCAAAAAUAGACUUCUUCUGAGUCAGGUGGCCUACUUCCAGAACUACCGGCUGAAGUCAUACAAUGAUCAAGAAGAUCACAGUGAAAAACAGAAAUGCAGAGACAGCAAAAAUAAACUUCUUAUGAGUGAAGUGGCCUACUACCUGGCCUGCCGGCUGAGGAUGAAAGUCCCUGGCUUUCCGUGUUCUGCCCGAAAUGUCAUCACGGUGGCAUCUGGCAGGGCUGUGGCCGGAACAAUUCCAGGGGCGAACGUUCCAGAAGCCAUUGAGAAAUCCUGCUCCCAGCGGGAAGAUAACAAACCGGAUGUCGGAGUCCGCCAAAAUAGAUGUCUUCUGAGUGAGGUGAACUACUCCCUGAACUACCGGCUGAGGACAUACGAAGCUCGAGAAGAUGACGAUGAAGAACGGAGAUACGGAGACUGCAAAAAUAAACUUUUUAUGAGUCAACCGGCCUACUGCCUGGGCUCUCAGCUUAAGAUGGAAGUCCCUGGCUUUCUGUGUUCUGCCCCAAAUAUCAACAUGGUCGCCUCUGGCAGGCCUUCUUCCAGAAUACACCCAGAGGUGAACGUUCCAGAAGGCAUUGAGAAAUCCUGCUCACAACAGGAAGAAAACAAACCAAAGUCUGGAGCCUGCAAAAACAGACUUCUUCUGAGUCAGGUGGCCUACUUCCAGAACUACCGGCUGAAGUCAUACAAAGAUCGAAAAGAUCACGAUGAAGAACAGAAAUACAGAGACAGCAAAAAUAAACUUCUUAUGAGUCAAGUUGCCUACUACUUGGGCUGCCGGCUGAAGAUGGAAGUCCCUGGUUUUCUGUUUUCUGCUUCAAACAUCAGCAAGGUGGCAUCUGGCCGGCCUCCAUACAGAAACUACACAGAGGUGAAUGUUCCAGAAGGCAUUGCGAAAUCCUGCUCCCAGCAGGAAGAUAAACUGAAUGUCAGAGUCAGGAAAAAUAGAUGUCUUAUGAGUGAGGUGAACUACUCCCUGAACUGCCGGCUGAGGACAUACAAGGAUCAAAAAUAUGAUGAAGAACAGAAAUACAGAGACAGCAAAAAUAAACAUCUUAUGAGUCAAGCGGCCUACUACCUGGACUGCCGGCUGAAGACGGAAGAAAGUCAAGGUGAUGUUGAGGAAGAGGAGGAGAAAGGGCCAAUGCCCCCCAGGGAUCUGCAGGAGUCUGUGGAGGAGGAAGCCCCCCAGGAGUCCUGGGACGAAGGUGAUUCGACUCUCUCAGUUCCUCCUGGCCCAUCUGCCUUCAAUGAGACUUUCAGGAGCAACUUUCACUCAUUAGAGGAGCAGCAAGUCAACUUGGCUGUUGACAUAGACAAGAUUAAAAAUGACCAAGAAGAAGAAGAAGACCAAGGCCCACCAUGCCCCAGGCUCAUCAUGGAGCUGGUGGAAGCAGAAGAACCUGAAGUCUUCAGGUACUCACUGGAUCUAUUGUAUUCAACGUAUACAGCUUAUCCUGAGUUUUAUUUCACAUUCCAGGCUUACACGUAUGUUAUUUUUUUAUUUGUGGAAGAGCAUGUUCGCUUGACUUUGGACAUGGGCAGUAGGUUUGUUACUAUGACGGUGACAAGACUCCCCCUGGUCUCCUGGGUAGGGGUCAUAUUUCCACACUAAGACAUGAUGUCAUGUGGGACUCUGCCGGUGCAGAGUAUGAACACCACCAUGUUCUUGCUGAAACACUGAGCCUGAGUUUCAUAGCCUGAGGUAAUCUCCAGACAACUUCAGAAUGUAGACCAGUGAGCAGCACAAGUGACCUUUCUCCUUCAGAAAGCCCAUGUCACCACAAAUCACACAACUAAAAGGAGAAGAGACAUUUUGGGUUGAAAAAGAGUAAAAAGAUAAUGUAGCUACAUUUCUUUAGUUCUUUUAAACCCAAAGUGUCUCCUCACCUUUUGUUGUUGUCAUUGAUGGUGGUGAUAUGGGCUUGUUUGCAGAGGAUAGGUCAGCUGUCUGGCUCAAUGCUCUACACUCUAAAGUUGUCUGAAAAUGUCUUCAUGAUUAAAUUCAGCCUAAGUGUUUUUCCGGGAACACUGCAGGGUCAAUGCUACCUCACCCAUCUGCAGGCAGAGAAGGUCCCAUGUGUCUCCCACCGUUGAUCAUGGUACCAGGACUGUUCCACCAUUUGUCUACCACCAUGUUCAUGGUACCAGGACUGUUCCACCAUUUGUCUACCACCAUGUUCAUGGUACCAGGACUGUUCCACCAUUUGUCUACCACCAUGUUCAUGGUACCAGGACUGUUCCACCAUUUGUCUACCACCAUGAUCUUGAUACCAGGACUGUUCCACCAUUUGUCUACCACCAUGAUAGUGGGUACCAGGACUGUUCCACCAUUUGUCUACCACCAUGAUAGUGGGUACCAGGACUGUUCCACCAUUUGUCUACCACCAUGAUCAUGGUACCAGGACUGUUCCACCAUUUGUCUACCACCAUGAUAGUGGGUACCAGGACUGUUCCACCAUUUGUCUUCGACCAUGAUCUUGAUACCAGGACUGUUCCACCAUUUGUCUACCACCAUGAUCGUGGUACCAGGACUGUUCCACCAUUUGUCUACCACCAUGAUCGUGGUACCAGGACUGUUCCACCAUUUGUCUACCACCAUGAUCUUGAUACCAGGACUGUUCCACCAUUUGUCUACCACCAUGAUCGUGGUACCAGGGCUGUUCCACCAUUUGUCUACCACCAUUAUCAUGAUGCCAGAUCUGUACCUUUCAGAGACACCUGAUUUAUACUGAAGUAAUUGGAAAAAUGGUUUUUAAAAGUAUUAAUAUGCUGUGUUCAAAUGACCAUCCCCUAAACAUUUUCUUCAUUAAUCAUCCCUGGCGGUGUCAAUUAUUAUAUUUAUAUCUCUCUACUAGAAAUUUUCAAUUUUUCCUGUAUCUUUACUUUUCCUAGUUGUCUGUUGUUGGAAAAAAAAUUUCCUGCCUGCAUUUUAAUUUUUGCCAAACUUAACUUUAAUCUGCACUAUUAAAAUUUUUUCUCUUAAGAUAAGACUGUCAGCACAUAAGUCCACAGCAAAACAGAGAAUUCACUGAUUUUGAAGCCUUUGUUGAUAUGUGGCUGACAAGAGACGUAGUUUUUUUAGUUAGCUGCUAAUAUCUAUUUGAGCAGCCAGGAAAGGUCUAUCAGACUAAGGACAUGCAAAGCCCAGGCCAUUCUCUUUGAGUCUUUUAAACUAUUUCAAAAGAGAAGAGAAUAGGUAGAUUCCACAUAUCUGGACAGGAAGGAGAAUACACUAAAAGCAACAGACAACUAUUUCCCAAAACAGAAUCAAAAAUUAGAUUUAAAUAAA